AAGUACAAACUUUACAUCACUUCGUAACACCCCUUCAAUCUUCUUCAUUAAACUUACAAAGAUUCGAUCUUUACUAUUAAUCGGCUCUUUUGGGUACCUGGGUUUUGUUUUCUUGAUGAUCAUUGUUGAAAGAUUGAAUCUUUGUUUGUAAUUCGCGUUUUUGGGUUUCAAAAGCGGAAAUGGAUCAUUCAUCUUCAUCGGUUUCACACUUCUUCAGCUACCAAUUUGAGAUGGAGUUCAAUGCUUGGUGCGAGUUUCAUUCAGCUGACAAAUCAAGGUUCUUUCUAGUUAAUAUUCACUGAAUCUUUUAGAAUCCGAUGGUCAUUUUUCGGUAGGUUUGUUUUCUUAUAAUUGUCUUAAAUUCUUUAAUUCUUUGUAGUGCCUAAUUCUCUAAUUGCAUUCCAUUCUUUACUGCACAUAUCAUUAUUUCUAUUGACAAUUUGACAUAAGACACACAAAGCUGAAAUUUUUUCACUGAUUUUAUUUGUUAUCUUGACAUCGGAUUCUUGAUUCUUUCGUUGAACACACACACUCUCACAGUUUGUUUCUCUUGCAAGAUUACAUUUUAUAGAACUAUAUAUUGCACAUCAUUAUUUAUACAUUGACAUAGCAACACGAAGCUUGUCAUUUCCUUUCAAUGAGCACACAGAGAUUGGAGUUGCCAUGUAGUUUCACGCGAAAAGAGACCUCAAGAUCACAAUCCAUAAGGCCUGUUGUUAACCUUUCAAUCGAGAAGCCAGCGGAAGCCAGGACAAGUAGUUGUUCUCUCAGGAAAAGUAUUAGUCUUCCACCCUUGACAAGCACAGGUCCAGUUGUAUUUCAUGAUAGUAAAUUAGAGAAGAAGGAUGAAUUCCGGGAUAAAAGCAAGAACAGAUUGAAGAGGUUUGUGGAUGAGAAUUUCUUUGAUAAGGAUGAUUCUUGUAUUAGUAGAGCUAAGAAGAUAAGGGGUAGCAGAAAGUAUGAUGAUUCUUUAGAAGGGGGUGAAAAAUUAUGCUUAGAUCAGCUUUGGUUUCGUCAGAGCUUCGAGGUCCCGACGUCUGUGUCACAGUUUUCCGGCCUUAAUCCACAACAAUCCCCUUUCUCUCUUCUAUGUUCAGAGGAGGAGGAAACAUGUUUUGCCCCGAGCAAGGUGACUGCUACAACUUCUCCUUUGCCAAACAAUCCUUGGGCCAACUCAGUUGUAACUGAAUUUCCCAAGCUCGGCGAGAGGAAUGUUGAGCCAAGCCAAGCAAUAGCGAAGGAGGCAUCCGAAUCAAGUACAUCCUCAGGGAGUGACAACAAUUUAGAGAAUAGGCUGCAUGAAGACGCCAAUGAACAUGAGAUAGGUAAUGGGUCUAGCCCAAAUAACCCUAAUGGAAGUACUGGUUUUGUAGCAGGGAGUAGUGAUGACAAUGGGGACCAUGAUGGGUUUGAGCUUGUUAGCUUACUCAUAGCCUGUAUCAACGCAAUAGACUUGAAGAACAUCGAAGGAGUUAAUCAUUUUAUAGCUAAGUUAGGGGAACUAGCUUCUCCACGAGGAUCUUCUUUAAGUCGUCUCACAGCUUAUUUUACCGAGGCCUUGGCCUUGCGAGUUGCAAGGGUUUGGCCUCAUAUCUUUUACAUUAAUACACUGUGUGAGCUUAAUUCGGCCGAGGAGGAAAGUGGCACUGCACUAAGGCUUUUGAACCAGAUUAGCCCGAUUCCACAGUUCAUUCAUUUCACAGCGAAUGAGGUUCUGCUUAGAGGGUUUGAAGGGAAGGACAGGGUUCAUAUAAUAGAUUUUGACAUUAAACAAGGACUUCAGUGGCCUAGCUUCUUUCAGAGCUUGGCCUAUCGGAAUAACCCCCCAAGUCAUGUUAGGAUCACCGGCAUUGGUGAAUCCAAGCAAGAUCUUAUCGAAACAGGUGAGAGGCUAGCUGGAUUUGCCAGAGCAUUAAACCUACAGUUCGAGUUCCAUCCAGUUGUUGACAGAUUAGAAGAUGUCAGAUUGUGGAUGCUCCAUGUCAAGGAAGGAGAAUGUGUGGCUGUAAAUUGUAUAUUCCAACUGCACAAGAUGCUCUAUGAUGGCAGCGGAGGGAUACUUAUGGAUUUCAUGGGAUUACUUCGCAGCACUAACCCCACAGUCGUUGUCAUGGCUGAACAAGAAGCAGACCACAAUUGCCACAGAUUAGAAUCCAGAUUUUACAACUCACUGAAAUAUUACGGUGCCAUUUUUGACUCUCUUGACCUUUGCCUUCCACAAGACAGCUUGGCCAGGAUCAAAAUCGAGGAGAUGUUUGCACGCGAAAUCAAAAACAUUAUUUCUUGUGAAGGCCGCGACAGAUUGGAGAGGCAUGAAAAUUUUGGGAAGUGGAGGAAGUUGAUGGAGACGGGAGGGUUUCGUAACAUAGGAAUCACUGAUAGAGAAUUUCUUCAGAGUCGAAUGCUGCUGAAAAUGUACUCUUUUGAUAAUUUUAGAGUGGAAAAGCAGCAAGGCCAUCUUGAUGGCUGUAGUGCACUUACUCUAAACUGGUCUGAUCAACCCCUUUACACAGUUUCAGCAUGGGCGCCUCUUGAUAUUGCAGGAAGCUCCGCAUCUCACUCACAACCAAGUUAAUUUGAUUAACAUCAUCGUCUUCAUCAUCACAUUUUUAUUCACACAGUUAUAGAAAAUUCUUUGUAGGCACAGAAAUCCGUUAUCAUUUUUUUUAUUCUUUUGUCGCAGAUAAGAUAUGUCCUGAGAUUUAGAAUAUUAUAGUAAAGGCUUUGGCUCUAUGGUUCAGUUCAAA